GUUGGAAACUCUGUGCAUGUUAUAUGUGGAAGCUCUGGAAUCGUUACAAAAGCACAAUGGAAGGAGAGGAAUCUUGAAAAAAUUAUACCUAAUGAAGAAAUAUCGGUAGAAUCGGAAAAUCAGGAUCUCAUUAAG